CCCGACCCCUUCAUAUGAGGACCCAGAGCCCGGAGUUCGGUCCGGCUGCAGGAGAAGGGCCCAGCCGGGGUGCGGGGAGGGGUGCGGGCAGCCCGCGUUGUGCAGUGACAUCGGUCCUGAGCACCCCCCGGGUGCCCAGCUACCACCCCCUGGAUAUUUCCAGAUCCUACCUGGAAGAGCCUCCUUCCACAGCCCAAGAUGCAGGCAGACUCCCUUCUUCACAGUGGUUAUUUCCACCCUGUGCUACGCUCCUGGCAGUGUACAGCAACCACCUUUGAUGCCUCCAACCUCAUCUACCCCAUCUUUGUCACUGACAGCCCUGAUGCUGUGGAGCCAAUCCCCAGCCUGCCUGGACAAGCCAGGUAUGGAGUCAACAAGCUGGAGGGGAUGCUGCGUCCCCUCGUCGAGGACGGCCUGAAGUGUGUGCUCAUCUUCGGGGUGCCCAGCAAGGUCCACAAGGACGAGAGAGGCUCUGCAGCUGAUGCAGAGAGCACUCCUGCCAUCCAGGCAGUCAGGAAGAUCUGCUCCACCUUCCCAGAGCUGCUGAUAGCCUGUGAUGUCUGCUUGUGCCCUUACACCUCCCACGGGCACUGCGGCAUCCUGCGUGAGGAUGGCACCAUCCAGAACGAGCUCAGCUGCCAGCGUUUGGCAGAAGUGGCGUUGGCCUACGCCAGGGCAGGCUGCCACAUCAUUGCCCCCUCAGAUAUGAUGGACGGGAGGAUUGCAGCCAUGAAGAAGGCACUGAUCUCCAAUGACUUGGGCAACAAGGUCUCUGUGAUGAGCUACAGUGCCAAGUUUGCCUCCUGCUUCUACGGUCCUUUCAGGGAUGCUGCUCUAUCCAAACCUGCCUUUGGAGACAGGAGAUGCUACCAGCUGCCCCCAGGUGCCAGGGGCCUGGCCAUGCGUGCUGUGGACCGGGAUGUGCGUGAGGGAGCGGACAUGCUGAUGGUGAAGCCCGGGAUGCCCUAUCUGGACCUCGUCAGGGACGUCAAGGCCCGACACCCCACUCACCCCCUGGCUGUGUACCACGUCUCGGGGGAGUUCGCCAUGCUGUGGCACGGGGCACAGGCUGGUGCCUUCGGACUGGAACCCGCAGUCAGGGAGGCGAUCACGGCAUUCAGGCGCGCAGGCGCUGACGUCAUCAUUACGUACUUCGCGCCGCAGCUCCUGCGCUGGCUGAAGGAGGAGGCGGCGGGGCGGGGCUGAGCGCGCG